AGGAUUUCUCUCAUCCUCCUGUAUCUGAGUACUAGCACGUAGCUAACGGAGCUAGCAGCAAUUUUGUUAUUUUUUUAAGUUUUAAAGACGCGGGUUUUACUGGUUUCGAACAUUUUGAUUCUACAAGACUUCGUCUAACGACACAAUCUUUCAUACACGGAUUUAAUUAUCUUUUCAGGAGAGAAAAAUACAAGCUGAGCCAUGUACAAUGGGAUUGGUCUGACGACUCCGCGGGGCAGCGGAACUAAUGGUUACGUGCAGCGGAACCUGUCGAGCCUGCGGGUCAAGCGUCCACGGGAUGAGCGUGGAGGCGAGCGGGACGAAAAGGACCGGGAGAGGCUGGAGAGUCAGCUCAACAGGCAGCCCAACGCCGACAUCCUGGAGCACCAACGUAAGAGGCAGCUGGAGGUGAAAUGUGCCGAGCUGCAGGACAUGAUGGAGGAGCAGGGAUAUUCUGCCGAGGAGAUCGAGGAGAAGGUGAACAGUUUUCGCAUGAUGCUGCAGGAGAAGGAGGAGCCGCCUCCAUCUGCCACCCAGAAACCAGCUGUGACAGAAACACACGCCCUGGCUGCAGCUAACCAACAGAAGAAUGACCGUCUUCGUGCUGCUUUUGGCAUCUCCAGCGACUACGUGGAUGGGUCGUCUUUUCACGCUGACAGGAAGGAGAAGGAAAAAGAGAAGAGAGAACAGGAACGCCUGGAGAGAGAGAGGCUGCAGCAGCAGAAAUAUACUUUGGUGGAAGAUUCCGAUGAUUCAGAUUCUCCUCCCAAGAAGCACGGUCGGAAGAAGAAAAAGAAAAACAGAGACAGUUCAGAGAGUUCCUCCCCGUCUCCUCAGAGAGAAAAGAAAAAAUCCAGAAAGAAGAAAAAGAAACGGGACAUAUCUGAAGAGCAUAGCUCCUCUGAUGAGACAAAGAAGGUUUCAAAGAAGAAAAGAAAACUCAGUGAAAGUUCCAGUCCUCCAAAAAAAACGUCACGUCAGCGCAGAAGUGACUCCUCCAGCUCCACUACCAGCGACCAGUCUCCACCUCCACCAAGGUCACUCCAUAAGGACCAAACUGUAAGAAAACCUGAGGGUAGAAUGGAGAAAUCGCCUGACUGGAGGAGACGGGGUUAUGAGGAGCACAGCUCACAGCGUCAGGGAGGUGAACAGACGAGGCCCAACCAGGAGAGGGAAAAACUGCAACAGAGGGAGAAGACCAAGAGGAGGCAUGGCUCCUCAUCUUCCUCUCCUCAGAAAACCAUGGAGAGGGAGAAAGGGAGGAGAUCCAGAAGCAAACAGAGAGAGAGGGAGAAAGGGAAGCACUCCAAAAGCAUGGAGAUGGAGAAAAAGAGGCGUUCAAGGAGCAUUGAGAUGGAAAGAAGGAGGCGUUCAAGGAGCAUAGAGAUGGAGAAAAGGAGGCGUUCGAGAAGCAUUGAGAUGGAGAAAAGGAGGCGUUCUAGGAGCGUCGAGAUGGACAGAAGGGGGCGUUCAAGGAGCACAGAAAUGGGGAGAAGAGGGCGCUCCAGGAGCAGAGAGAGGAGAGACAAAGGAAAGGAAAACGUACCUCAGAGGAUGAGGCAUGAUACCACCUCUUCUUCUUCCUCUCCUCCUCCUCUUCCUCCUCCUCCUCAACAGGAAACCAGGAGGGAAAAAAGUAAAAACAUCGAGCACGAAAAAGAAGAGGAGAGGAAACUGCACAGAAAGACCAGAUAUGAUUCCUUGUCCUUCUCAUUGUCUCCUGAAAAAGAGAAGCUCAGAACGCAAAAGAGUGGCGACAAGGAGCAACCAUACUCACGAGCACUAAGUGACAGAGACAACCGGAAAGACAGCACCAAGAGACAGGACAGAGGAGCAUCUCCUCACCAGCAGAGGAGUGACAAGAGAAUAGAUAGACAUCUGUCUUGUGACCUCCCGUCCCCUGUCCACAUCGGACAUCUACAAGAACAGGAGCCCGAGAAGAGACAAGAACCAGACAAAGAGAGACCUAAAGAGGAGGGCAAACAAAGAGAACAAGGUGCUGGAAGAAGGAGAGAUGAGGUCCAGUUGUCUGCAGAAAGUAGAAGAGAUGUGUCCAAACCUUUGGAGACAUCCCAGAGCGAGAGGACUGAGAUGGCGAGAAGUCCCAUAAAGGAGAAGUGUAAAGACGGAAAGAACCAUGAGAGCAGCAGUGAUAGCAGCAGCAGUGACAGUGAUAGUGAUAGCUCCUCCUCUUCAUCCUCCUCUUCAUCCUCCUCUUCAUCCUCCUCUUCUUCAUCACCCUCUAAAGAUGAGGACAAAGCCCAGAAAGCUGCAUCAGCAGACAUGGACAGAAACAACAUCACAAAAACAUCUGCCAUCGGAGCUGCUGUUGAAAGAUAUUUGGCCAGCGGAAGGAAGGAAAGCUCUGUCUCUGAGGAAACGAGACAGUCGCAUAAAGAUCAGAACCCUGAGGAGGACAAACAUGAUGGUGAAAGACCGGCCUGCAGAGCUCCUGCUGAAGAACACCAACCCCAAACUAAAAGACAAGAGCGUUACAGUCCCACACAGAUGAACAGUCCUACCCCCUCCCCACCCAGCAGACCAGACACUCGAGGAGGCUGCAAGUACUCUCCUUCUAAAGCCACAAGUGGGGACAGAACCAGGAAGACCAAGACAUCAAGCCCCUCAGCUAGAAGCUCCUGGUCUCCGCCUCAGAGAACAUUGACAACCUCCCCAGCUCGUCGCACGCCUCCAAAGCAGUAUCAGGAACCUCUGUCACGGUCUAGAAGAACUCCUCCAUUAGUUCGGACAGAUUGGGACAAGAGCAGGGAGGUGGAUACAGAACCGCAAAGAGUUAUCAGAAGGUUCCGAUCCAAAAGUCCAAAGACACGCAGCAUGUCAAGACCUAGAAGUCCAAGGAGGCGCAGUGGAUCUAGGCCUAGAAGUCCAAGGAGGCGCAGUGGAUCCAGGCCUAGAAGUUUAAGGAGGCGCAGUGGCUCUAGGCCUAGAAGUCCAAGGAGGCGCAGUGGAUCUAGGCCUAGAAGUUUAAGGAGGCGCAGUGGCUCUAGGCCUAGAAGUCCAAGGAGGCGCAGUGGAUCUAGGCCUAGAAGUCCAAGAAGACACAGUGGAUCUAGGCCUAGAAGUCCAAGGAUGUACAGUGGAUCUAGGCCUAGAAGUCCAAGGAGGCGCAGUGGCUCUAGACCUAGAAGUCCAAGGAGGCGCAGUGUCUCUAGGCCUAGAAGUCCAAGGAGACGCAGUGUCUCUAGGCCUAGAAGUCCAAGGAGGCGCAGUGGGUCUAGGCCUAGAAGUCCAAAAAGGUGCAGUGGAUCUAGACCUAGAAGUCCAAGGAGGCGCAGUGGGUCUAGGCCUAGAAGUCCAAGGAGGUGUAUUGGAUCUAGACCUAGAAGUCCAAGGAGGCACAGUGGGUCUAGGUCUAGAACUUCAAGAAGGCGCAGUGGGUCUAGACCUAGAAGUCCAAGGAGGACCAGCAGAUUUCCAUCCAGAAGCCCGAAGAGAUGCAGUUCCACAUCCAGAGUCCUAAGAUCACCAUGUCCCCUCAGCAGAUCCCGCCAAUCCCCGUCUCCACAGCGGAGGUGGAGGUCCAGUCGCUCCCUGUCCAAAGACAGAGAUAGACAGCCUGAGAGGGCCAGGUCCAGGGAGGCGCAGAGACUGGGAGAGCCUAAAGGUGUUCCCCAGCCCUGCAGGUCGUCGUCCUCCUCUUCAUCAUCCUCCUCCUCCUCCUCCUCUUCGUCAUCCUCACCCUCACCACCCAAAGAAAGAAAAGACUGUAAGGCACCAGCAGAGAAAGUCUUGAACAAACAGGGAGAGAAGACAAAAAGACAAUCCUCUUUGUCUCAGGCGUCUUCCAGUGAAUCCCUUCACGUUCCACUUUCAGGCAGAGGAGGUUCACCUUUGGACUCGCAACGUUCCGACUUGAGCAAGAAAGUCUUGCCAUUGGACUCCAAUCGUUUCGAGCCCGGCAGGGGCGUGUCACCAACAGAUUCACGUCGCUCCGGGUCAGGAAAGAGAGUCUCACCGUCGAAGCCACAACAUUCUGAGUCGAGCAGAAGAGACUCCACGUCAGAGUCGCAUCGCUCUCACCCGGGCAAGAAGAGAAUUUCUCCUUUGGACUCCAAACAUUCUGGCUCAGGCAGAAGAGUUUCACCAUCAGAUCCAUGGCACAGUUCGUCUGCAGAGUCUCCAGCCAACAGCCAAUCAGACACCAGACAGGUAUCACACCUGAGCAGGAAGCAGCCGGCAACCUGGCAGCAACCCGAGAAAACAGUCAGCAAAGACAUGACUGUUAAUGGGAAAGAUAAAGCCAACAGGAGCAGCAGCUCUAGUUCCUCUUCAUCCUCCUCCUCAUCCACCUCCUCCUCGCCUUCUUCUUCCUCCUCGUCCUCCUCGUCGUCGUCUUCCUCCUCCUCAGACAGUUCUGACUCUGAAGCAGAGCAGGAAAAAGGGAAACUGGUGGAAAGCCGAAGCUCUGAUCCCUCCUCCUCAUCCAGUGAGGAAAAAGAUGCAAAGAAAAAAAGCCCUGCCAGACCUGUCCGGGUUCCAGCAGAUUCUCUGAGAGAGUCUCGUUCCCUCAGCUACUCUCCUCCGAGACAUGUCCGAGCGUCUUCGCCUCGCCAGAGGAUCAGCAGCAGGCGAAGGAGGUGAAGCCCAAACUCCGGUGGCUCCUCUCCUGACGUUUCCGACAACAGCCGGGCCUUAGGAGGCGGCGGGCUGGAAAUGGGAGACCUUUAACCAUGACCAUCUGAGCGUCUGUUUUUAAAGAAGCCGUCCUCCUGCUGCUCCUCGUCCUCACAUCUGUCCUCCUGCUGCUCCUCGUCCUCACAUCUUUCCUCCUGCUGCUCCUCGUCCUCACAUCUUUCCUCCUGCUGCUCCUCGUCCUCACAUCUGCCCCCCAGCUGCUCCUCUUCUUCACAUCUGUCCUCCUGCUUCUCCUCUUCCUCACAUCUGCCCCCCAGCUGCUCUUCUUCUUCACAUCUGCCCCCCAGCUGCUCCUCGUCCUCACCUGUCCCAGUGCGUUGAUGUGAGCUGAAUAAGAUUUGUGUGAGAAUACAAACUGUACAUUUGAUUGUUCUGGAGGAGCUCCGUUUAUUUAGUCUUUGAUCUGUUUUAACUUUAAAUCAUUUUUAUUCAAACUUCCAAAAUGAAUAAAACGAGCAGCUUCAAUAAAAUU